AUGAGCGAGCUUGUAAAUUUCAUCUUAGGCGAGGGAGAGCAGUUCCGAAGGUCAUACAGACAGUCCGCUAGAGAUGAAGAUAAACAAUAUGACUAUGCUGACUACCGAUGUAGAGCACGUUUGCCAUCGCUUUAUUCAGACUUUACCCUUCAACGCUACUCCAACCCAGACGGAUUUGCAGCAAAUACGGCUGCAUGGAUCGACGCGCUGACCAAAGCUGCCCGGGCUGGCUUGCUGCCAUCCGAUGGCGCUAACCAUGACACGUUGUCAGUGAGGACCGGAGAAGUUCUCCUGCAGUCUUUGGAGACUGAAGAAUGGGGGAGACCGUUGGCCCUCAGAGCUGUCAUAGAAGCCGCGAGUAAGAUUGUCAACAAGAUGGGGAGUUCAAGCAAUCAGAUCGACCGCAUAUAUCCAAUGUCCAUGUUCAGUACUGAAGCUGGAAAAGUUUUAAAGUCGCAAAACGGAUUGACCGAGAGUGAUCUCCACCUCAUUCUCACAUAUUUGGCACGAGACAAAUCAAGAAUAAUCUAUGACGCUGAGACCGUCAAAUUCAAGGCAGCAGGUGAGACUUCAUCCACGUUAACGACUCAAGACAAAACAAUAGCUUCCUUAAAAACGCUCAUUGCCGACAUCAACUUGCAAGUCGCUAUGUUCUCAACGCGCAUUUCAAAUCUGUCAGAAAGUGCGCAAAAGGCGAUCAACAACAAGAACCGAACGUCUGCGCUGGCUGCGCUUCGAUCGAAGAAAUUGAGCGAAACAAUCCUAAUGCAGAGAUCGGAGACACUGGCACAAUUGGAAGAAGUGUAUGGCAAGAUCGAACAAGCAGCAGAUCAGGUCGCCAUCGUUCGCGUCAUGGAAGCCAGUACAGGCGUGCUCCGAAAUCUGCAUGCACAAAUAGGUGGCAUCGACAAGGUGGAGGAUGUCAUCGAAGGUCUUAGAGAUGAAAUGGGCAAGGUUGAUGAAAUUGGUGGCGUAAUUGAAGCGAGUGCUCAAGUGGACAGCGUCAUCGAUGAAAGUGCCGUGGAUGAGGAGCUCGAAAGCUUGGAGAGGCAAGCUAAAGCCAGAGAAGAAGAGAAGGGUGCGCGCCAGACGCAGGAAAGGCUCGCCAGUAUUGCCACGGUCCGAAAGACCGAGGACAAUCAGCCGGAAGAACGCAAGGACAACCCUCAGGAGCCGUCGUCCGACAGAAGAGCUCCAGAUCCUCCAAUGGAAGAGGGUAUCAGCGGUUUGAAACGUCCGUCGCUGGACGAUCCUCGUGGUACAGCCGAGAAGGCAUGA